CACAGCUCCGAGCUUAACGCCGGACUGUCAACCUGCGUAUAUAUUUCUGCUUGACAAUUCGAACCACGAUAUACUGUCUCUGUUAAGGGUCGACACACCUUAAAGCCAUGAACAAUAGACCUGUUGAACAGGCUCUCGCCACCCUUCUUCCAACGCAUGCGGAUGAUCUGCCCCCCGAGCUGCUCAGCUUGGCCCUAUCGCUUGUUGCGCAAUCGCGGAGCUACUCGACGAGUCUGAAGCCCGAGGAGGAAAUCGCGCGGCCGUAUGCGUGCGCGGAGAUAGCUUGUAAGAGACUAAGUCGGUCGCUCAAACUUCCGCCCUUAUUGGGACAUCCACCAUGCCCUCCACGCCUCUACAAGAAGCUGUACGCGUUCCUUGACCGGUCACUCGCGAGUAGCACCGUUUCUACGAAACGUACGGGAUAUGGGUCGGUAGCAGGGACCCCUACGCGACCUUCAUCUGUCACAACGACACCGACGAAGAAUGGAGGCACGGGAUUGAGAACGGCCACGCCUCGGACACUGCAGGGCACGCCUACCAAAUCGACUCCUCUGAAGAGGAGCACGGUUGAUCCGGCCACGUCGCCGUCAAUAUCGCGACAACAACUUCCUGUGAGGAGGGCGGGAAUCAAUGGUUCUGCAUCAACAAUCAUCGGCGACGCGCCCAAAUGGGUGAUGCCCGCCAUCCGUACCGUGUGUAAGACGCUUUCCACACCAGCACCCAGGAUGAGCACAUGGUCACGGCCUCCAAUCUCGAGAACACUUCCGCCACAUAUAUUCUCCGGAGUCUCGUCGAUAUUGCAUUUCAUCCCUUCUUCGGAGGCGGACAGCGGUGACCUGGAUGAGGACUCACUGGAGUUUUUGGAGCCGAUUACCAUGACACAGGACAAAGAAAAAGAUGAAGAUUAUAAAGAGCUUGUCAGCGCUCUCAUAGUAGCAGUUUACUUCCUCGUCCUUGCUAGACGGCGCAGUCCGGCCCCCGGAGAAGGUUCUGGAGAAGGUAAUGGCGAAGGCAGAAAGAUGGACAAGAAAACCUUCUCGGAGAUGCGCCAGACAGCGCUCACCAGCCUUGGACUUCCAAGUAAUGAGAAACGACACCGUGAAGAUGUUGACGCGUGGAUUGCUCUCAUUAUGGAGCAAGGUUGGGCAAAGGGCAGGGAAUGGUUCGAAAACGUCCCGCAAGCAGGCGCAGACUGGGACGAGGCCGCCCAGGAUGAUAUGGGUCUAAUGGACGAUAACGAGGAAGGUCCUUCUGGCACAAUAGGUACCAAGAGACGUAAGAAGGAUCAUCUCCUAGACGAAGCUUCCACAAGGGGCGGACUUCUUCCAGGUCUCGGUACUAUGAUGCAAGCUCGUAUAGACUGGCUCAGCGAGGAACGACAGGAGGAUUACCUGGAGUGGAAGAAGGAUAUAUUGAAGCGGGUUGAAAAGCUAGAGAGGACCAGCAAGGCCGUCGCUUGAUCCGCAUGCCCAGGAAAAUUUCACUUGUAUAUGAUACCCAGGAUAAAGAGUCGUGAUAAUGUGCAUUGAACAGUA